GUUUUGGGAGGAACUAUGCACACGUUCCGGCCUCUGUCAUUCACAGAGACGCGCAAAUGCUGAAAAUUAAAACAGAGCUUGCUUGAGAAAGGGAAACGGAAUGAAACCCGGCAGACACGAGAGGCGUUCCGCUGAAAUGGAAUUUGGAGGAACUUUGGGCGCCACAUGCAUUCCUGUCUUUCUGCCCCUGACUGUUUUGUACUUGCUGAGUGUGUGUCAGUCCCCAGGCGCCAUUGUAGUCCAGUGGCCUCCCCCUCUCCCGCCCUCCACUCACCUCUGGCACCCGUGGGUCCCUGCCAUCAUCGGUGGCUGGAUUGCCCUCCAGGUUUUCCUCUACUUGCUUCCAGUGGGCAAGAUUUCCCAGGGGUUAGUUCUUAGGGAUGGGUCCAGACUAAAAUAUCCAAUCAAUGGCUUCCAGGCUCUGUGUGUCACUGGCCUCCUGCUGGGCCUGUGUCUGUGGUUGGGGAUGCCCCUUGGAAACCUGUUUGAUUUGAUGUUGCCUCUUGCAGUGUGUGCCACUGCAGUGGCAUACCUGCUAUCACUCUACCUGUACAUGCGUUCAUUCUGGGCCCCUCCCCAUGCCCUGGCACUCGGAGGAAACACAGGUAAUCCCCUGUAUGAUUUCUUUAUGGGACGGGAACUUAACCCUCGCAUUGGGUCCUUUGACCUUAAAUACUUCUGUGAGCUGAGGCCAGGGUUAAUUGGCUGGGUGGUGCUGAACCUGGCCAUGCUGAUGAAGGAGGUGGAGCUUAGAGGAUCUCCAUCUCUGCCAUUGCUGCUAGUCAACAGCUUCCAGCUGCUCUAUGUCACUGACGCCCUGUGGAAUGAGGAGGCUGUUUUGACCACCAUGGACAUUGUGCAUGACGGGUUCGGGUUUAUGCUGGCAUUUGGGGACCUGGCGUGGGUGCCUUUCACAUACAGUCUCCAGGCUGUGUUUCUGGUUGGGCAUCCACACACGCUCAGCCCUCUUGCUGCACUGGGAAUUAUCAUUCUGAAUGGAGUUGGCUAUUAUAUAUUCCGUAAGUCUAAUUCUCAGAAGAACCAGUUUAGGAGAGACCCUACACACACAAGUGUUGCGCACUUGGAAACUAUUGCCACUGCAACAGGAAAGCGUCUGCUAGUGUCAGGCUGGUGGGGUUUCGUCAGACACCCAAACUACCUGGGAGACAUCUUGAUGGCACUGGCAUGGUCUCUGCCUUGCGGGAUUUCACACAUUGUGCCUUAUUUUUAUGUAAUUUACUUUACUAUUUUACUCAUUCAUCGAGAGGACCGUGAUGAACGGCAGUGCAGAGCCAAGUAUGGUGUGGCGUGGGACACUUACUGCAGACGCGUGCCCUACCGGAUCAUUCCCUACCUGUACUGAUCCAAGCAGAGACUGUCAAGUCUAGGGCUGGCCAAAGCCCUGCCCCUGGGCCAAAUGCGGCCCACAGACAUAUUUCAAUUGGCCCGGCUUCCCUCUUAGAGUGCAUUACAGGUCGCUCGCUUGCCAGAUGGACACUGCAAUUUUCCCAUUCACCUAAUGUGUACCACGAACUUACUGUGUGUUACACCCGUAGAUUGUAUAUAAAGUCUAUGGUUAGACAACAUGGUAUUAACAAAGUGGGCUAAACUAUAUGAGCCUUUUUUCCUCAGCAAAUACAUUUACUGGAUGACGGUUAGACAUGACUACAGUGAAAAGCACAAUGUUUACAGUGAGAACCUACGAUUUCAAGAGAGAUGGAAAUUGAAUUUUUUUUCAAGUCAAAGCAAAUGUGUAUGCCUCAUGGCAAGAGACUGUUGUGGAAUUUAUCAUCAAAAGGCAUGAAGAAAGUAUGAGCAUUACAGUAAAUAAUCCAAGAUAUUCGAGGAAAUGUAUCUGGAAGUUACCAUGUUCUCACAGCAACAGAUUUCUGCCCCUCAGAGCUCAGGGGAGGGGCAGGUGAAUAUUAAAAACCCUCCCUAUGGUGUGGCUAUAACUUGCAGUAUUUUUCAUUCAUUUACUGCAGUUAUUGCAAUAAAUAUUAAGUGAUCUGUA